AUGAUAGAGGUUGUAUCUAAGGAAGAGAAAUUUGAAGUCCAAGUGAAGGAGUUGGUAUCAAAACAGAAGCAUUUUGAAAUCCGAACAGAGGAGCUUGACUCGAAAGAGAGGCAACUUGAAGACCGGUUGAAGGAGCAAGAAUCAAAAGAGAGAGAGCUCGAAGGCAAAAUGAAGGAACUGGAAUCUAAAAAGGUGCAUUUUGAAAAACAAGUCAAUGAGUUAGAGUCAAGAGAGAACGGAUUUGCAGGACAAUUGAAGGAGUUUGAAUCCAAAAAGAAGGAAUUUGAAGUCAACCUGAAUGAGUUGGUAAAGGAACUGCUAUCAAAACAGAAGCAUUAUGAUAAUCGAACGAAGGGGCUUGAAUCUAAAGAGAAGCAACUUGAAGACCGUGUAAAGGAACAUGAAUCAAAAGAGAGGGACUUUGAAGAGCAGAUGAAGGAGUUGGAAACAAAAAAAAAGCAUUUUGAAAUCCAAGUGGAGGAGCUUAAAUCAAAAGAGACACAAUUGAAAGGACAGCUUCAGGAUGAAUUUGAAGGACAGGUGAAGGACACAGCAUCAGAAAAUAAGCAAUUCAAGAGCCGAGUGAAGGCGCUCGAAUGCAAAGAAAAGCAAGUCGAAAAACAAAUGAAGACACUUCAAUUAAAAGAGGCGGAAUUUGAAAGGCAAGUCAAGGAAUUUCAAUCAAAGGAGAAACUUGAAGGACAAGUCAAUAAUCUGGAGUCAAAGCUAAAUAAAUUUGGUGGAAAACUUAAGGAGCCUGAGCUGACAAAGAAACAACAUGAACCGUUGAUAAAACAUUUUGAUAAGGGAAAAGAGCCAGCUGCAUCUUACACAGAUGAUCAAUUAAGUCCUACUAUGGAUGGAACAGGCUUGCAGUUGGACUCAGAUGAGAAAACUGAUGGAGUUGAGUCACUUUGCAAUGACAUUUUAGAUCCGUCAAGAAUUGUUUUGAAUAUAUUACAGAACCCUAAUGUUCCACGGUGUAGAGAGGGAGAUAAUGAUGUGAUUAUUGAUGCUAGCUGCAUCUGUCUGCUAGAGCAACUGAUGAGAAUCUCACCAAAUAUCAAAGCUUGUGUUAGAGAAGAAGCAUUGAAGCUAGCUCUUGGUUUGAAAGCUAACAUGAAAGGAAAUACUGAAAAUUCGUUGGUGAUUCUUGGUUUUUUAGUGAUUUUGUCCAUUUAUGGACUGCUUUCUUCUUUCAAUGAACAUGAAGUUUUGGAGCUCUUGUCAUUUGUUGCUCAUCACAAGAUAGCUAUGAAGCUGUUUGAGACUCUGGGUUUUGCAAAUAAAGUUUAUGAUUUUGUUGAAAAUCUUAUCAGGAGAAAGCAAUUUGUUGAAGCUGUUAGAUUCAGUUGUGCAUAUAACUUGGCUGGCAAGAAUCAAUUAGUUGAUAUGUUGCGAGAACACAUCCGGAAUGCAAAACUGAUUUGUGAGAGAAGUUGUGAGAAAACCAAUUCCAUUGAAAUCAAGGUUCUUUUAUUUUUCUUAUUAAAACUGUAAUUCAUUAAACAUUCCAUUUGCAUACAUAUACCCCUGCAUAAAUAAAGUGCUGCAUAAUAUCUGCUGAA